AUGCUUACAAAACUGUUCACUAUUGAGAAAGAAUGUGAUCUGAUAAAGAUUCUGGGAUUUACAAAGAGGGGUGAAGAUGCUAUGGAAACACAAGAUGAUAAUGAAGAAGCUGCAUUAGUUGUUUUCUAUGAACCCAACUCAAAACACUUCACUGGUACAGGGAUUAAUGGGGAACAUGCGGAGGAGAUUAACACUUUGAAAGUGUUGAUUUCUAAAACAAAACAUCCACCCCCGAUCCAUCUCUUUCUGAAACCUUCGAUUUCUUAUCCCUUCCCACCUCUUUAUCACUCCCUUCCUUCUAAUGGCCUCGUCGGAAAAAAAAUCGCUCACUUCGGCUAUGGAAUUACCAUAUCAGAAAUCAAAUCCAAAACCCUAUAUUUCAAUCUAUUUCUUAUCUAUCUACCUUCAAGUGCUUCUUUGUAA